GAGAAGAAUCCCACCCAAACCCAACCUGCCUAACGGCUCCUGUCUGGACCAGAACCGGACUUUUCAUGGGUUUACUUUGGACCAAGCUGAGCUGGACCUUUGACCCGGAAGUGAACACCCCGCUCCUGAUCGUGGUUCUGGACCGUGAUGUUCGGCUAAGGUUCCCUUUCAUUGUCAGAACCAGGACUAGCAGCGGACCGGAGCCAUGCAGAUCGACACGGUUUCACCGGAUCAUGCCAGUGGAGUUGGGAUCAAAGUGGAACCAGACGACUACUUGGAGAUCUGCUCGUAUCCUGUCCUGAAGAAGCUGUCCAUCAAACUGACUGACUGCAGGGUGUGGCUGCAUGGCCGGGACUUCCUGUCUGUCGGUGAUCACCCUCAGCUCUGUAACCUGCCAUGCCAGCGGCAGAACGCCACCAACAGCGGCAGAAAGAUGGUGUACUGUCCCGAGUGUCACAAGGGGUUCUACAAGGAGACCCACCUGGAGGCCCACCUGCGGACUCACCGAGGACAGAAACCCAAUGAAUGCUGGUGUUGUGGGAAGACCUACCCAACCCUGAUGAGCCUGGUGCUGCACCAGCAAGUUCACAACCGCAGCGAGCCGUACCGCUGUCACUACUGCAACAAGACCUUCGCCCUGAAACGGGACUGGAAGACCCACCACCGGACCCACUCUGGGACUAAACCCUUCAAGUGCUGGUUCUGUGGGGAUGGGUUUGUUGAGCAGGACCAGCUCAGCGAGCACCUGGAGGUGCACAAAGGGGAGAAGUGCUACCACUGCACGCUGUGUGACAAAAUGUUUGUGUCCUACCAGGGCUUCAACUUCCACCGCAAGUCCCACAAGAACCCCAGACCACUGGCCUGCCCCAAGUGCUCCAAGAGCUUCAGCAGCCUGCAGAGCCUGAAGGUGCACCAGGUGACCCACUCCAACACCAAGCCCCACACCUGUCCCGUCUGUGGAAAGAGCUUCAAGCUUCAGAGCAGCCUGCGCUGCCACCAGCGCACCCACCAGAACCUGAAGGAGUACCGCUGCACCGAGUGCGGCAAGUGUUUCUCCAGCCUGCAGGGCCUGAAACUGCACGACCGCACCCACACCGGCCUCAAGCCCUACAGGUGCUCCGAGUGCGGCAAGAGGUUCACACAGUCGCCCCACCUGAAGGCGCACAUGGUGACCCACACCGGAGAGAGGCCCUUCCUCUGCACCACCUGUGGGAAGAGGUUCACCCAGUCCUCCCACCUGAAGUCCCACAUCACACUGUUCCACGUGGGCGAGAAGCCGUUCCACUGCAGCGACUGUGGCAAAAGUUUCACCAUCGCCCACUACCUGAGGAUGCACCGCCUCAGCCACACCAAGGAGAAGCACUACCAGUGCUCGUACUGCCAGAAGUCCUUCUCCUACCACAACUCGUGGAGGGCUCACGAGAGGAUCCACACCGGAGAGAAGCCCUUUGUCUGCCGCCACUGCGACCGCCGCUUCACCACCUCAGGCUCGCUGCUGAGCCACCAGAGGGCCAGACACACCGGAGAGAGGAGCCACUACUGCAUCACCUGCGGCGACUUCUUCCUGACCAGCUCCCAGCUGCGUGUGCACCAGCUGGACCACACCGGGGAGCGCCCGCACGCCUGCAGCUGCGGCAAGACCUUCAAAACCAAAGGAGUCCUUCGCUUCCACCUGAAGAGGUUCACUGAGCACCUGCCUGCCCAGUGAGCAGGGACGUGGUCUGACCCUGUGUGUGAGGGUCUCAGACCGAUGUGUGAGGGUCUCAGACCGAUGUGUGAGGGUCUCAGACCGAUGUGUGAGGGUCUCAGACCGAUGUGUGAGGGUCUCAGACCGAU